CAGGUAUGUGGUUAGGUCUGGUCAACGAAAGGACAAACAUGACUCUUGAGUCGAGGAUCGUUUCUGUUGAGUUCGACACAAGGAAGAGCCAUCCGGAUGAUCUUGAUGGAAACCAUGUGGCUCUAAAUGUGAACAACAUCAAUUCUGUUGUUCAAGAAUCCUUGAGUGGUCGAGGGAUCAAGAUCGAUUCCGGAGUUGACUUAACCGCUCAUGUGCGGUAUGAUGGUAAGAAUCUAUCGGUCUAUGUCUCAAGAAACUUGGAGGUGUUUGAACAGAGGAACUUAGUGUUUUCUAGGGCUAUAGAUCUCUCAGCCUAUCUUCCGGAGACAGUUUAUGUUGGAUUUACCGCUUCAACAAGCAAUUUCACGGAGCUGAAUUGUGUGAGAUCAUGGAAGUUUGAAGGUUUAGAGAUCGAUGGCAAUGGAAACAUGUUAUGGCUCUGGAUCACUAUCCCUAUAGUGUUUAUUGUUGUAAUAGGAGCUUUCUUAGGGGCAUUGUACUUGAGAUCUAGGUCAAAGGCAGGGGCAACAAAUCCGGAUAUAGAAGCUGAGCUAGAUAAUUGCGCUGCAAACCCGCAGAAGUUCAAGCUGAGAGAGCUGAAGAAAGCAACAGGGAACUUCGGUGCGGAGAACAAACUCGGGCAAGGCGGGUUUGGGAUGGUGUUUAAGGGGAAAUGGCAGGGGAAGAAACCUAGCUAUGUCUUGGUCAAGGAGAACCAGAGCAAUUACAACAAUAGCAUUGUGAAUUGGCUUUGGGAGCUAUACAGAAAUGAAACCAUCAUGGAUGCAGCGGAUCCGGGAAUGGGAAGUUUGUUCGAUAAAGAAGAAGUGAAAAGUGUUCUGCUCUUAGGACUCGCUUGCUGCCACCCGAAUCCGAACCAAAGACCCUCCAUGAAAACGGUUUUGAAGGUCUUGACGGGUGAGACUAGCCCACCCGAUGUUCCUACAGAGAGACCGGCUUUCGUGUGGCCAGCAAUGCCUCCAUCUUUCAGUGACAUUGACUACUCUCUUACAGGGAGUCAGAUCAAUUCCCUUACCGAGCUUACUGGCCGAUGACAUUAAUCUUUAUUUGUGUGUUCUUCAAGAAUUAUUUGAUAAUUGAGUUUGUUUCGUUAUAUACUACUUAUAACUAUCUUUUUUAGGGGCAUAGAAUUUGAUUGUGCUACUGAUAAAAAAAAGGUGAAUUU